AUGGCCGAAAAGACCCCCGUACUUACGGAUAAGGCGCCAAAGCCCUUGGCUGGCAUCUACAGCCAGGCCAUCAAGGCCAACGGAUUUGUCUUCGUCUCCGGAGCUGUUCCUAUGGACGCUGCGACCGGGAAAAUAGUCGACGGUGAUAUUCAAGCCCACACUCACCAAUGUAUCAAGAACCUCGGUGCCAUCCUUGAAGCUUCCGGCUCCGACCUCAACAAGGUCGUCAAAGUCAACGUCUUUCUCUCCGACAUGGACAACUUCGCGGCCAUGAACGAGAUCUACAGUCAGUAUUGGGGUGAAGUAAAGCCUUGCAGAACAUGUGUUGCCGUUAAGACGCUACCACUCAAUGUGGACGUCGAGAUUGAAUGCACCGCAACCUACUGA